GCCCGGCCUCGGCGGCGGCGGCGGCGGCGGCGCCCGGCCCCCUCCCCCGGCGCCGGCCAAGUGAGGCGGUGAUGCGGGCGCUGGCGGCCCCGGCUGCGCCGAGAGCGGAGACACAGGCUCAAGAUGGCAGAUUCCGACUGAGGCUGGGGGGGCCGAGCUCGCGCGCCGCGUUCCCUUCUCCGUUGCCAUGAACCGCGGACACCCCGGCCCCGAUGGCCCCCGUGUACGAAGGUAUGGCCUCCCAUGUGCGAGUCUUCUCCCCUCACACCCUUCAAUCAAGUGCCUUCUGUAGUGUGAAGAGACUGAAAGUGGAGCCGAGUUCCGCCUGGGACAUGACUGGGUACGGCUCCCACAGCAAAGCGUACAGCCAGGGCAAGAACGUCCCACCUUCUCAGCCAGCCACCACAGCCGUCAGCACCUCCUUGCCGAUCCCAAACCCAAGCCUACCUUACGAGCAGACCAUCGUCUUCCCAGGAAGCACCGGGCACGUAGUCGUAACAUCAGCAAGUAGCACUUCUGCCACCGGGCAAGUCCUCGGCGGACCCCACAACCUGAUGCGUCGCAGCACCGUGAGCCUUCUCGAUACCUACCAAAAAUGUGGACUCAAGCGUAAGAGUGAGGAGAUUGAGAACACGAGCAGCGUGCAGAUCAUCGAAGAGCAUCCACCCAUGAUCCAGAACAAUGCCAGUGGGGCCACCGUAGCCACUGCCACCACAUCGACUGCCACCUCCAAAAACAGUGGCUCCAACAGCGAGGGUGAUUACCAGCUGGUCCAGCACGAGGUGCUGUGUUCCAUGACCAACACUUACGAAGUUUUAGAGUUCCUGGGCCGAGGGACGUUUGGGCAAGUGGUCAAGUGCUGGAAACGGGGCACCAAUGAAAUCGUGGCCAUCAAAAUCCUGAAGAACCACCCGUCAUAUGCCCGGCAGGGUCAGAUCGAGGUGAGCAUCCUGGCCCGCUUGAGCACAGAGAGCGCCGACGACUACAACUUUGUCCGCGCCUACGAGUGUUUCCAGCACAAGAACCACACGUGCUUGGUCUUUGAGAUGUUGGAGCAGAACCUCUAUGACUUUCUGAAGCAGAACAAGUUCAGCCCCUUGCCCCUCAAGUACAUCCGCCCAGUCCUCCAGCAGGUAGCCACAGCCCUGAUGAAGCUGAAAAGCCUCGGUCUCAUCCAUGCCGACCUCAAACCGGAAAACAUCAUGCUGGUAGAUCCGUCUAGGCAGCCGUACAGAGUGAAGGUCAUCGACUUCGGUUCGGCCAGUCACGUGUCCAAGGCUGUGUGUUCCACCUACCUGCAGUCCAGAUACUACAGGGCCCCUGAAAUCAUCCUUGGUCUACCAUUUUGUGAGGCAAUUGAUAUGUGGUCCCUGGGCUGUGUCAUUGCUGAGCUGUUCCUGGGCUGGCCGCUCUAUCCAGGAGCUUCUGAGUAUGAUCAGAUUCGGUAUAUUUCACAAACACAGGGUCUGCCAGCUGAAUAUUUAUUAAGUGCAGGGACAAAGACGACUAGGUUUUUCAACCGUGACACAGAUUCACCGUAUCCUUUGUGGAGGCUGAAGACACCGGAUGACCAUGAAGCAGAGACGGGGAUUAAGUCGAAAGAAGCAAGAAAGUACAUUUUCAACUGUUUAGAUGAUAUGGCCCAGGUGAACAUGACAACGGAUUUGGAAGGGAGUGACAUGUUGGUGGAGAAGGCAGACCGGCGGGAGUUCAUCGACCUGUUAAAGAAGAUGCUGACCAUAGAUGCUGAUAAGAGAAUCACUCCAAUUGAAACCCUGAACCACCCCUUUGUCACCAUGACGCACCUACUCGAUUUUCCCCACAGCACACACGUCAAAUCAUGUUUCCAGAACAUGGAGAUUUGCAAGCGUCGGGUGAAUAUGUAUGACACCGUGAACCAGAGCAAGACCCCUUUCAUCACGCAUGUGGCCCCCAGCACGUCCACCAACCUGACCAUGACUUUCAACAACCAGCUGAACACUGUCCACAACCAGGCUCCCACCUCCACCAGUGCCACUAUUUCCUUAGCCAAUCCCGAAGUCUCCAUACUAAACUACCAAUCUGCACUCUACCAGCCCUCAGCGGCGUCCAUGGCUGCAGUGGCCCAGCGGAGCCUGCCCCUGCAGACGGGAACAGCCCAGAUCUGUGCCCGGCCUGACCCCUUCCAGCAAGCUCUCAUCGUGUGUCCGCCCGGCUUCCAAGGGCUGCAGGCCUCUCCCUCUAAGCACGCUGGCUAUUCCGUGCGAAUGGAGAAUGCGGUUCCCCUCGUCACUCAAGCCCCGGGAGCACAGCCCCUUCAGAUCCAACCAGGUCUGCUGGCCCAGCAGGCCUGGCCAAGUGGGACCCAGCAAAUCCUGCUUCCCCCAGCAUGGCAGCAGCUGACCGGAGUGGCCACCCACACAUCAGUGCAGCACGCGACUGUGAUUCCCGAGACCAUGGCAGGCACCCAGCAGUUGGCCGACUGGAGGAACACCCACGCUCACGGCAGCCAUUACAAUCCCAUCAUGCAGCAGCCUGCGCUAUUGACUGGUCAUGUGACCCUUCCAGCAGCCCAGCCCUUAAAUGUAGGUGUGGCCCACGUGAUGCGGCAGCAGCCAACCAGCACCACCUCCUCCCGGAAGAGUAAGCAGCACCAGUCCUCUGCAAGAAACGUCUCCACCUGUGAGGUGUCCUCCUCGCAGGCCAUCAGCUCCCCUCAGCGGUCCAAGCGCGUCAAGGAGAACACGCCUCCGCGCUGCGCCCUGGUGCACAGCAGUCCCGCCUGCAGCUCCUCCGUCACGUGCGGGUGGGGCGACGGGGCGUCCAGCACCACCAGGGAGCGGCAGCGGCAGACGAUUGUCAUUCCCGACACCCCCAGCCCCACGGUCAGCGUCAUCACCAUCAGCAGCGACACGGACGAGGAGGAGGAACAGAAGCAUGCGCCCACCAGCACUGUCUCCAAGCAGAGAAAAAACGUCAUCAGUUGCGUCACGGUCCACGACUCUCCCUACUCCGACUCCUCCAGCAACACCAGCCCCUACUCCGUGCAGCACCGCACUGGGCACCACGCCAACACCUUUGACACCAAGGGGAGCCUGGAGAAUCACUGCACUGGGAACCCCCGGACUAUCAUCGUGCCACCCCUAAAAACCCAGGCCAGCGAAGUAUUGGUGGAAUGUGAUAGCCUGGGGCCAGUCAACACUGGCCAGCACUCGUCCUACAAGUCCAAGUCCUCCAGCAAUGUGACCUCCACCAGCGGUCACUCUUCAGGGAGCUCGUCCGGAGCCAUCGCCUACCGGCAACAGCGGCCGGGACCGCAUUUCCAGCAGCAGCAGCCUCUCAAUCUCAGCCAGGCUCAGCAGCACAUCACCGCAGAGCGCGCCGGGAGCCACCGCCGGCAGCAGGCCUACAUCACUCCCACGAUGGCUCAGGCCCCGUACUCCUUCCCGCACAACAGCCCCAGCCACGGCACUGUGCACCCCCACCUGGCCGCAGCUGCCGCCGCAGCCCACCUCCCCACCCAGCCCCACCUCUACACCUACACGGCGCCCGCGGCCUUGGGCUCCACCGGCACCGUGGCCCAUCUGGUGGCCUCCCAAGGCUCAGCACGGCACACCGUGCAGCACACUGCCUACCCGGCCAGCAUCGUCCAUCAGGUCCCCGUGAGCAUGGGCCCCCGGGUCCUGCCCUCGCCCACCAUCCACCCGAGUCAGUAUCCAGCCCAGUUUGCCCACCAGACCUACAUCAGCGCCUCUCCAGCCUCCACCGUCUACACUGGAUACCCACUGAGCCCCGCCAAGGUCAACCAGUACCCUUACAUAUAAACACUGGAAGGGGAGGGGAGGGGAGGGAGGAUGGCCAGAGGGGAGGAGGGAGGAGGGGUGAGGUGGGAGCCGGGCUUUUUAUACUG